GCGGGACCUGCUGCUGUGGGCCGAGAGUCUGGACGGCCUGGCCGGCGCGCUGCUCUUCACCCUGGGCUUCAUCCUCGUCUCCUUCCCGUGCGGCUGGGGCUACAUCCUGCUCAACGUGGCGGCCGGCUACCUGUACGGCUUCGUGCUGGGCAUGGGGCUCAUGGUGCUGGGCGUGCUGGUGGGCACCUGCGUGGCCCACGUGGCCUGCAAGCGGCUGCUGGCCCGCUGGGUGCAGGCGCGCAUCCAGGGCAGCGAGCGGCUCGGCGCCGUCAUCCGUGUGGUGGAGGGAGGCAGCGGGCUCAAGGUGGUGGCCCUGGCCAGGCUCACGCCCAUCCCUUUCGGGCUGCAGAACGCUGUCUUCUCGAUUACAGAUCUGUCAUUGCCCAACUAUCUGAUGGCUUCUUCAGUUGGACUGCUUCCUACUCAACUCCUAAAUUCCUACUUGGGUACUACCUUACGUACCAUGGAGGAUGUGAUUGCAGAACAAAGUGUUAGUGGCUAUUUUAUAUUUAGUUUACAGAUUAUAUUGGAUAGAAGAAAGUGUCUAGAGCAGUGGUCCUCAGCCCACAUGUGGCUGGCCCAGUCAGCACACUACUGCAGCCCCUGGGAUAUGGAUACACUGGAAAUUGUUAUAAGCAUAGGCCUCAUGUUUUAUGUUGUUCACCGAGCUCAAGUGGAAUUGAAUGCAGCAAUUGUAGCCUGUGAGAUGGAGAUGAAGACCUCUCUUGUUAAAGACAGUCAGCCAAACAUCAGUGGUUCCACAAUGUUCUGCAACAAGAGGACAGUAGCAUUUUCUGGGAAUGGGGUCAAUAUUGUGUGAUUUAAAGUAUUAAUAAAGUAAGGUUUUGUGAACCUAAGCUAUUGCCUAGAAAUGUCUAUGGACAAAAAGUAGAUUAAAAAAAUUUCUAAAUGGUUACAGAUUGUACUGUGGCACAGCUCAACUGACCAGAUCUUAAAUUGCACAAGGGGGUGAUUCUGAGCAAGGAACAAGAGAUUAAGUAACUUAAAAUGUAAAUGCAAAUUUGGCUGCACCUUUUGUCAUGGCCUAUAGGCUGCACUUUAGGUUUUGUUUUGUGUUUUGCUCCUAUAAACUGAGACAAAUAACCAGAGGUAAAUAUUUUUUCUGUUUAGCACUAUUUAUAAGGCUGAAUAAUUAUAUACAGUAGAACUUGAUUACUGAUAAAGAUGAAUGAGGAAGAAGUAUGCAGUUCGGUAUACAAUACUCUUGAAUGUGCUUUGCUUUGGAAAUAUUUCCAGAAAUGAUAUAGUGUAUUAUUUUGCUAAUUAUGGGACCAUUUGGCUUCCCUUCCAUUUUUUUAGUUUAAAAAAGAGGACCCUAUAUAAAUUUUUGGUUGAAUGUAUUUUUGUAAAUCAUUGAAAUGUUGCAGAGCCAUUCGUACAUAUUCACACAAGCUUAAAUCCUACAUUGUGGGACUGAAGUGCUCUUAAAUAACAUGUUAAAGUUACACGUAUAAUAUGCAAAGUAAAAGGGAAACUAUAGAAGAUGUAAUAGAUUGUGGUGAAUAGCACUACUUGAGGGAGAAUUAACUGUUGUAUUGGCUUACCAACCCUUACAGAUUUGCAACAAAAAGGGCUGUUCCAUGGCAAUCCUAUUUAUGAAUAUUU